CGCAGUAGGAAGGAGCCUUGUCUCGCCUGUGGCUGGUCUCCGCUUCUCUUUCUUCCCGCCAUUUUGUCUGAGGGGAGAACCGGAAAAAGGAGUCCGAAGGCCUCGGAUUGUUGUCGUCUUCUGAGAGCAAUCCCGCGGCUGCUGUGUGAGGGAUGGCGGCCCAAGCUGAGGCCCCGGCGGCGGCGGCGGCGGCGACGACGACGACGACGGCUCCGGGCCUGGAAGGCGAAGAGGCCUCGUCGCCCUCGUCCUCCUCCUCCCGGCGCCUGGCCGACCUCCGCGUCAUCGAUUUGCGGGCCGAGCUGAAGCGCCGCAGCCUGGACGCCGGCGGCAACAAGAGCGUCCUCCUCGAGCGCCUCCGCAACGCAAUUGAGGAAGAAGGAGGAAAUCCUGAUGAAAUUCCAGUUGCUUCAGAGAGCACUCCCAAGAGAACCCCCAAAAGAACUGUGAAAGGGCGUAAACCGGAAGAAGAAUGUGGAGAUGACAACGGUUUGGAGGAGAAUUCGAGAGAUGAACAGGAGGAUGCUGAAGCUAGUUCAGAAAACCUGCAUGAGAUCGACAUGGUGGACAUGAGUGUUCUGGACGAAGCUGAAAUAGACAACUCCAGCGCUGUCGACGGUGGAGAUGACUACAGCUCCGAAAACAUUCUUGACUCUGAUAAGGACAAUAUUGAUGUUGAAAUGAAAGAACUUCCAGAGCAGUUAAUGGAGAGUGAGGAGAAUGGUGAUGAGCUUGAUGACCAGCUGCUAGAAGCUUCUUCCCCUGAUUUACCGACUGCAAAGGAUUUGGAAGAGCAGCAUUCGGAGCCAGAAAAUGAGAAAAUGCUCGACAUUUUGGGUGACACUUGUAAAUCUGAGGCCCUUGACGCCGAAGAAGCGCAGGCGCCGUUGCCGGUGGGCCAAGAGGAAGAGGAAGAGGCGCUUGGGCCGGACGAAGAGCCUUUAGAUUCGGAGGGCAAGGAAAAGCAAGAAGAGAAGGAACAAGAAGAAGAGGAAGAAGAGAAAAAGUUGGAGGAGGAAGAGGAGAGCAAGGCCUUAGUGGUAGAGAAAGGGGAGCAGAGCGGAGAGAGUGUUAAGGAAGCCACAGCGGACUCUGACUCUUUAGCCUUAGAAAGCAGGAGUGAAGGAGGAGAAGGAGGAGGAGAAGGAGAUGAGAGUAGCAGAGGAGGAGCCCAAGCUCUGGCGGAGGAGAAGGAGGAGACGGAGGAGGCAGGGCCGCAAGGGGAGGCCGUGAAGAAGGAGGCCCUGGCUCAGGGUCAGGAGGAGCAGGAGGAGCAGGAGUCCUCUGCCACUAAAGAGCCCUCUGCCCAAGAGGCGGGUGAUCUGAACACGAGUUUGGAGGAGACCAAAGAGUCGACACAGGCUUCGAAAGAGGAAAGAGGCCGCAGUGCUAGUAGUAGCAUCAGCGCAAGUUCUGGCAGGAACUUCUGGGUGAGCGGCCUGGCUUCCACCACCCGAGCGACGGACUUGAAGAACCUUUUUAGCAAAUAUGGAAAAGUGGUUGGCGCCAAAGUGGUGACCAACGCCCGCAGCCCCGGCUUGCGUUGUUACGGAUUCGUGACAAUGUCCACCGCCGAGGAGGCUUCCAAGUGCAUCGCCCAUUGCCACAAAACUGAAUUGCACGGAAAAAUUAUUUCCAUCGAAAAGGCCAAAAACGAGCCAGCGACAAAGAAGCUUUUGGAUAAAAAGGACGGUGACGUCAAGGAGGAUGCUUCCUCUGGUGACAGAUCUUCCAGUUCAAAAAAGAGCGAGAAAGAUGAUGCUAAUAAGUCAGAGGAAAAGGGGGAAGAGGAUCCAAAAUCUGGAUCGACAGAUCCAUCCAAGGCUGCAAAAUCAGGAACCAAAGGGACGGAAAGGACAGUGAUCAUGGAUAAAUCCAAGGGGGAGCCUGUUAUCAGUGUGAAGACAACAAGCAGAUCAAAAGAGAGAAGCGUGAAGAGCCAAGACCGUAAAUCGGAGAGCCGCGAGAAGAGCAGAGAGAGGCAAGGGAGUGUGCCCUUCAACAAAACAAGAGACAGACGAUCGAGCGAAGAACCGCACCGGAGCUCCCGUGACCGCCGGGACCGGCAGCAGCGCUUGCAGGCCAUCUGGGAGCAGGACGAGCGGGAGCGGCUGGAGAUUGCCCGGGACAAGCUGGAGUUCGAGCGGGUUCGCCUGGAGCGGGAGCGGAAUGAGCGGGAGCGCCUGGAGCGGGAGCGCAUGCGCAUCGAGCGGGAACGCCAGCGGGAACGGGAGCGCAUCCAGCGGGAGCGGGAGGAGCUACGGCGGCAGCAUGUCCAGCUGCGCUACGAGCAAGAGAGGCGUGUGGCCGUGCGGAGGCCCUACGACAUUGACGGGAGGAGGGAAGAUGCCUACUGGCCCGAGGCAAAGCGGAUGACGAUGGAUUACCGCCACCGCUCCGAUUUCAGCCGCCAGUAUCGGUUCCACGACGUCGAUUACAGGAGAGAAGGAUCACGAGGAAUGAUGGGAGACCGAGACAUACCGCAUUACGCCGACGAGCGCCACCGAGAUUCCCGGGACGGAUGGAGCAGCUAUAGCUCCGACAGGCGCAUGAGCGAAGGGAGAGACGGGCGUGAUUGGGGGGAUCGGAAAUUCGAGGACCGUUCCUGGCAAAGUGGCAGCGACGACGGCGGAUCCCUGGGGCGGGAUCCCGAACGAUGGCGAGGCAGGGGCAGAGGAAGACGGGCUCGCGUCCUGCAUCGAGGCAGGAUGUCUGGGCGGGGAAGCUUCGUGCCGAGCGACCCGUCGGGCCCCUCGUCGCCCAGGGGGGAGACCCGGGGCGAAGGCUUCUCGGGACAAGACCGAGGGGACCGGUCCAGCGACCCUCGCUUCAGCCGCCGCUAUUGAAUGUUUUCACCGUUUUGUGGGGUCUUUUAUUGGAGGGGGCUUCCCCCCCGCCCCGCCCCACCCUUCUCCCAAACUGUACAAAAUGGCAACCGAAAGAAGGAAACCGACGAGACCCCCACACACGCCUCCUCGGUGAACCACUGACUGUGACUCUUUUUAUGUUUACUUCCAUCGCGCUCGACCUGUGAAGCCGCAGCCAUUUCUGGGUAACGUGUCCCUGUCCGUGCCGCAUCCAUUCCUUCCUCCCCCUUCGGCCCUUGUUUUAAAAUAAAAAGAAUCUGUGUUUCUUUUAGAAAGGCAUUCCAUUUUCUAUAAAAUAAACCACACGUUUGCAGAGA